AUGACAUUGGAUUCCUAUUUUAACGAAACUUCGCCUGAAGAAUAUCGUUUUUUGGGCUUUUAUGAGUAUCGUCAAAAACAGGAUGACUUUACUUUCUCUUUUCAAAAAGAGGCGCUCAGACUUCGGAGGAGUCUUGACUAUUUACUUGAGGGCAAUGAUAAGCAGUAUGGAAGACUCCCAGUAGUCCUGAGAAGGGGUAAAACUCACACAACUACGGUGGGCAUCUUCGUGUUGUCCACUUUAUGGUCUUCGUGUCCGUUGUGGUCUGCUGAUGUUGGAAUAUUUUGGGAUAAAAUCGAAGACGAUCUUGCAAAUAUAACAAUAAAAACUAAAGAAAAAGAAUUACGUUUGUUUGAGAUACAAUUUUGUUUGGAUCAAUCUUUAGCCGGAAAUGAGGCUCAAUUAGAAUACAUCAAUGAAACCAUAGGUGAUUCGGUCAAAGAUUCCAAAACUGCAAGAAACUACUUAUCCAACGAGCUAGAAUCAUUUGUAACAAACUCCAAGGAGCGAUGUGAUAAUGAUAUGGCGUCCGAUGUAGAAAGCUUUGAUGAAGGCAAAAUGUCUCCAUGCGAAAUUGCUCUGAAAACGCGCAAGCAAAAACGGACGAAAAGAAACGAGCCAGAAAUCGAUAAUGGAACCGAUAGUGUAGUGUGCGAGCGCCCGGGCGAACAAUACUCUAUGGAAACGCCCACUAAUGGUCGGCAAAAGAGGAAGAAGAUCUCUGUGGAAGAGGCACUGGUUACGCCAACGGAAUGCUCUCGAUCUGCAGACGCUAGCGGAGACGAUGAAAGCGAUGAGACGAUGUGCAUCGAAAUCCGUGCGAUUGAGGAAGAGUUACGAAGAAAGGUGUCGGGCGAGUGGGUAGUCGAUGGUGUAAACGUCACCAAAAAAUUUCGACAGUACCAAGAACAGUGCUUGAAUAAGCUCAAACAUAGCGGUUUAACGUGGAGAAAUAAAUUUGAGAUCUUGGCCCUAUCUUCGAUAAUCAUCUUUGAUCACGUUUGCCCAUACCCGAGCGUGUUCACGCUAAAGGAGUGGCAGAUGAUAACUGAACAAAACCCUUACCGUGUGCAAAACCCGGUGGUUCCCGAGAAUGUGUCUACAGCGUUCCAUAACGCUAUCAUAAGACAUUUACAGGGCGAAGAUUUUUACAUGAUCCCGGAUGAUACUGAGCUAAGCCGAGAGGCUUGUAGAUCGUUUAACGAGGUGCGAGCAUCUGUGCCCCCGCUUGCCCCAUCCAAAACCUCUGAAGACGAACACGGUGUUAGAUACCUUCAUAAUAUGACGCGUCCGCUCUUCCUUGGCGUAAAAGACUACGAAGUGAAGUUCAACCAGACCGUCAGAGGCACAAAUACGAGGCCCGAUUUUUCGUGUCACGUAGAGAACGUUUCGUUUCUUAGCUCGGAAAUUAAGCCACUUGGCUGUGGACCUCUGAUGAAGAUAAAAGAUACGAUAAAGGUUAACUUGCGCGCGAGAAAGUCCAUUAAUCAGCAACUCACGUCGAGAGGCGGACCGGGAGAAAGCGCUUGGCUUACAAACUUUGGCGAUGUCGUUCAAACCUACAUUAUGGAUCUCAAGCAUGAUGGUAUGUACCGAUCAUGGCCACAUAUGACAUCAAGACUUGUCAUAGACCAACCCAGUAUGCCACUGAUCGAAUCAUCGUUCAUGCAUUUCGUGGAUUUAGAGAAACGCGUCUCCGGACUUGUCGAAAAUUUCAAAAAACGACCGGAGGAAUUGUCAACGACUCCAUUGCAAAACCGAUAUAUGCGCGAGAUUCCGGACUCGCCUCAGAUCAGAUCUUUGCUUAAUUAG